CCAUCUUCUGACGUCACAAACACGCGACGGGCCUGCGCUUACAGUCGCUGCAGACGGAGGCAGGAGAUGGGUGAGUCGCUGUGCAGAGUGGACGUGUUUUGAACAAUAACUCGUAGACUUUAUUAGGACAGCUAAAGAGCGGCAGCACACCUCUCCAUCGGGGCCGCAGCGUUAGCAGUGGUCCUCUGCCGUCUGGCCUUGUUACUCCUGCAGAGAGCGGGCCAGAGCCAGGCCCAGCGGAGAGUUACCUACAUUGUUUUUGUCGGCAGCGCCAGUUAAACAGCUAAUGAGGCGCAUGUAGUCAUUGACAGUCAUUGCUCUCACACAGUAAAGCAACAAAACCCGCAGAGUUUCCCCUCUCUUGGUGCUCAUAUUUGUGAGCUGCUUUCAGGAGCACGGCGUGUAAACGUUAGCUGACUGAAUACCAGCUAGCUAACUGCAUUAUAAUAAUAAUGACUUCCAGGAGGACGGGCUAUGCUGGAAGCAUGGAUUCCUCCUCUCCGUCAAACAGCGGCAGCAGCUCGCUCCACAGUGGGAACCGCAAACAAAGCGCUGUUAGCAUCCCCGACAGGAUUGAGUCCUGUUACGAUCGCAAAGCCGACAAGGGUGGAUACGGAGGCUCGCAGGGCAGUGUGACUGUAACGUCGCUCAAAUCGCGUCUCGCCCCGACCAUCCAAACCGCCAUGUCCGCAGCAGUGGACACUCUGCUCGGGGAAGUGGUGCUAGUGCUCAAUGAGACUCAGCAGGAGUUGCUGCAUAAGGAGCAGGAGAACGAAAGGCUCAAAGUGCGCCUGGAAGUGUCUGAGAGGGAGCUGAAGACCCUGCAGGAGUGCCUGUGCAGUGCUCAGAAGCUCAUAGAUCAGCUUCAGGUGUCCUACACGGGCCCUCAGUCAAUCAGUCAGUCAGUGUUUGCCCCGUCGCUGUCUUCCAUGGCUUCCAUGACUUUGGACAGGGACCACCAGAACCCCAGAAACGUGAAUGGAGCGGGUGUCGACUUGGGUCUUGGUGGCUCUGUGGAUGAGUCACUUCAUGGGUUUGAACCAAGAGAUGAGUACAAAAUGUGCCAGCUUUCAAUCCAGCCAGAUGGGUCUGUGACCAACCACGCUCUGGACUCCUUCACAUCCAAUGCAUCUCAUAUGUGCUCCGAUUCUGGCCGACCAGACGAGAGGCAGUCUCAGGGACCUGGUGGAGCGUCCAGAUUUGAGAUUAAAGAGGAGCAGGGACCAGCUUCAGGCUCCACUCAACCCAACAGGAAGGACAGCAUAGCGACGGGGGACGGAGAACGGUCGUCACAUAACGUGGGAGAUCUUGGCUACGGUCAAGUUGGAGGAGAGGCAGGUUCCCAGCGAUCUUUCCCUCACCCACUGCGUCACCAAAGACCCAUGCGUGAAUGCAGUAGUGCCUUGGGCGGACUUAAUGGACAGAAACAGUUAGCUAGGACUCCUGGAGCAGGAAGAGGUGACAGCGCUUCAUCGGGCGGAGCUGAUGACUCUGCAGGACCAUCAGCUCCUGACACGGCGGUGGUCGAGCCCCCGGGAGAUCGGCCUCACCACUGCUUGGAGUGCGGAAAGACCUUCCGUCUGAUCUCCAGCUUGAAGAAGCACAUCCGCAUCCACACAGGCGAGAAGCCAUACCCGUGUGGAGUCUGCGGCCGUCGGUUCCGCGAGUCAGGGGCGCUUAAAACCCACCUGCGCAUACACACGGGGGAGAAGCCGUACUCUUGCUCAGAGUGCGGAAAUUGCUUCCGCCACCUGGAUGGUCUGCGUAAACAUCGGCGCACCCACACGGGGGAGAAGCCCUACGUGUGUGCCAUCUGCGGGAAGCGGCUCAGUCGCCUGCAGCACCUGAAACACCACCAGCUGAUCCACACCGGAGAGAGGCCGUGCUGCUGCCCUUUCUGCAACCGCACUUUCAAAGAGCCUGCGGCUCUGCGGAAACACAUCCGCACGCACCGCGAGGAAGGCGGUCACAUGGGAAUCGGCACCAAUGAAGACGCCGACCCAGAUGCCAUGGACGACAUUAAUAACCUCCAUCCAGCAGCUCCGUCUCCGCAGAUGAGGUUUGGGGAGUGGGGAGCUGAGGAGGAUGACAGCUCAGUUGUAGACUGUGUCUAGGUGGAGGUUAAAGAGGUGCCUCGCUGUUGGUGUUUUUAAAAAAGCACAGACUGAUGUGUUUGUGUAGUUUGAUGGACCACGAGGUCACCUUCACUCUGCGGUGUUAGGGUGAUGAACCAGGCUACAUAUAACCAGAGCCUUGGAGCUUAGUUUGUCCAAGAUAUUAAAGUGUUACACUUUUAGAUGUGAAGCUUAGUUUUAAAUUACCACGGUACAUUCUUCAGCAGCAGCUGUUCUUUCAUACAGAUGUUUAUGGAGCAGUGCAGGUAGUGUACAGAUUCCGGGAAGUUGCUGGAUUGCAAACUUUCUGGCAGUAAUUUGGGAAAUUUAUUGCAGAUGUGGGCACAAGCCAAAAAAUGUAAAAAAAAAAAAAGGAAGAAUAUUUAAAAAAAACAACAAAAAUCUUCGGAGCUGGGCAUGAAUUUAUAAAACACUCACAAUAAUGAAGGCAUCCUUACUGUUACAGAAAAAGGAUUUGGUAACAGCAUAUUUAGUUUGUAGGUUUUUAUUUUGUUUUUUUAAAAUCAUAAUAAAUUGAUCAGGUUUGGGCAUUUAUAAUCACAUCUAUGAAACUGACCAAUGUCUAAUGUGGGCGAAUUUCCCUCAGCUGAAGUACCAGAUAAAGGCCUUUACACACCAAGCACAUUGUGGAAAAAUGUCACAAAAAUCAGAAUUUAUUUUGGAUGCAAAUUUGUCAUGUAACGUCAAAUCGACAUCAAGAAGAAGAAACAAUGAUUCUGAUUUUCUCCAGUUCUCACAAGCUGGUUUAAUCCAGGAGUUGAAGCUGUAUCACGGCAGCUUUCGUACAUUUAAGAACAUUUAACACCUGAGGAGGCAGAGAAACCAUUUCAGUGAGCAGAUUGACCCGGAGCAGAGUCUAGUUGUGUGUCUGACGUAAAAUAAUAUUAUUUUCCUGUUUCCAUAUAAUUGUAUGUUCAGCACCGGUGUGCGCUUUGAGCACACUUGUUGGAAAACGCAGUAAUCUGAUUGGUCAGCUCUGUUUAUGCACAUGCGAAAAAUUAGAAAAAAAUCAUACCUGGUUGGUAUGAAUGGCUGCAUUAAGAACGAGCGAGGCUGCACAAAAUAUUUGUGUGAAUUUUACAUGUUUAAUGUAUAAAGGCCUUAACACUCAACUUUCAAAUUGCGUAAACUAUGAUGGCUUUAUAGCCAAGGUAGUCCAAGAUGGUCUCCUUUCAUGGUAUAUUAAUAUCUUCCCACCUCUGCUCCUUUCAUCUUUGAUGCUCAUGCUUUAUUUAAUGCCAGAUUUAUAUGCACAAGCUGUUUCAGUGGUCACGGAUCACAAUCGGUCCAGUCCACCAACUUUUAUCCUGAUUUCUUUUAUGAAGGUGCUAGGGCUCAUGUUCUUGGUAACAUUGUUAGUAAUAUGCCUUCUGAGAUACAGUCACCAGGAGGUUGAGCGGGCCAUCCACUAAUCAGAAAGUUGAUGGUUUAAUGUCCGGCUGCUCCAGUGUGCACGCCAAAGCAUCCCUGGGCAAAACGGCUCAUCAGAGUUUGAAUGUGAGUGAAUGAAGCAUCUGAUUUCUUUCACUGACAACUUCAGUAAAACCCCAGGUAGAUACUUUAUUGCCCUCUAUAGGUGGAAACGGUAACAUUUUAAUCUAAAAUAUGCUGCUUUAAAAAACGACAACAGUAUGCUUGUUUUUAUUACACCACUGCUGUCAAUGCUGUUUCCUUUUUAUAAUGAAAGGCUGUAGCAAUGCCAUAUAAAACACUAACAGACCAAAAGCUAAAGUGUAAUUUCAGCUAUAUUUGUGUGUGUGUGUGUGUGUGUGUGUGUGUGUGUGAGAUGAAUCGUGAGCCAAAUUUCAGUCAGCCAUCACCCCUCUCUCUCUCAGCCAGUUCUCCUCUCUUAUCUCUUCCCGUCACUGUGCAGAGCCCUCAUCGGUCCACAAUUGUUAUGUUAUCAAACGGAAAUUAUCUGUGUCGAAGACAUCCUGUUUUGAAGAAAUCACUCAGUGCAUUUAUUUGUUUAUCAAAUCAUACAGGACUAGUUGAAGGCAAUUAGCUGGCAUCUUUAUGCACCACAUCAGGAGCUCAAACACUCUCCUAUUCUCUCUUCUCGCUAAAUAACGUCUCCCCGUGGACCUCAGUUUAGCAUUCCAUUUUUAUUUUAUUCUUUUUGUUUUGUUUUUUCACGCUGCUACUGUAUGUCUGGUGAGAUUUUCUUUUUCUGGACUUGUAUCAUUGUUACUAGGCAGUCGCUAGCAGACAGGCGUUGGUGCUUGCAUGUGCAUAUCUGUUCCUCCGCUGGCAACAAUGCCUCUCAGCUGUUUGUGUAUAUAAGAAUGUAGUUAGAGCAUUUUUAUUCGGUUUAGUAAGGGUUGUGCUUAAGUUGUCGUGCAACAGUUUUGUUUUGUUUUUUAAAGGAAACACACAUUGUGCUGAAAGCAGCAGUAUACUAACAUACCAUGUAAAUGUAUGUAACCCAGUUACAUUUGUUCCUGAUGCUACAGCGCACCAGGCGUUAACAGCAGAGCAUUAAUCUUCUCAGCCCUUUGAGCUAAACUGUGUGGUGUUAUUUAACAUGUGUACUACUAUAACGACCUCCAUGUAACUAUUCUAUGUACAAGUCAUUUUAAAGUGACACUAAAAGUGUUAAAUAUUUGUCACUGUGUAUACCAAGAAGGUAGUCUUUGCCCCAGAUAAGCAUAUUUAUUGUUUUUUGUAUUACACAUGGGUGGGUUUGAGGGGUGGGGGGGACCUUUGCAUGUAGGCUUGAACAGAAAUGGCAUUAUUCCCUAAGAAGUCAGUGUUUAAAUGUGAAAUGAAUUACUUUUUUAUGCUUAUUUGUUCACCCACUUCACAUUCAUACUGUACAUGUUACUAUAUUAAAGGGCCUUGUUUAUAAUUGUUUUUUCUCUCUGGUGUUUUGUUUUGUUUUUGGGGUUUUUUAGGGGGAAAAGGGGAAAAAGUUGCUUUAAAGCCAAAACGCACCCAGAUAAUUUAUAUCGUGCAUAGGUAGUAAAUAAUCUGUGAGCUCGAUCAGCCGCCUAACUGCUCACUCUGAGCCAUGUAAAGCUGCCAUUUCAUCUUGUUUCAUUUUAUUGUUUCGUCGUAUUGUGGCAGGAAAAACCGCAUUAAGCCUGGGGGGAGAGUUUCCACACUGCCUGAAACGCUGCCAGAAUAGAUUGUGUAGGUGGUGUGGUCACACCCAGACACAGAUCCCAAAUAACACUUUGCUCUCCUUGCAGUGCUGAGUAAUGACAUCUGUGUUCAAAAACACCAAACUGCUGUUUAAGGUAUAAGUUAGCCUUUGGUACGAUUACAGAAACUUAACAGGUUAGAUGGACCUGAAAAAAAUGAGAAUGCUUUCCUCCAUAACAUUGUUGGCUACACUAUAAGACUUAAAACUCUUUUCUUUUUGUAAUAUUUGCCAUAAAACAGAUCGAGGUCCCUCCUGGUUAUAUCCCCUCCAGAGGAGGUCACGCUCAUCAAGGUUCAUAGCACAUAAAUGUGUUGAUUCGUAAGCGUAAAUUGAAUAUGUCUUGAUAUAAUUAGCAGUCAUAGCUCCCAGAACGCAUUUGCAUAAAAUACUGCUAAAGACAUGUUUGGGAUUGUCCAAAAUAUUUGGGACGUCUCAUGCAAACAUUAUCCAUUCAAAGCUGGAUGAGCCUUUAACACAGAGAAAGGAUAGUUAAUGCUGUGAUACAGUUCCAAUCAAAGAACUGUACUUUCUGGUAUACACUCACCAGCUAUUGUAAGUGCACCUGUUCAGCUGCUUGUUAAUGCAAAUGUCUAAUCUGCCAAUCACAUAGCAGCAAUUCAGUUAAAUUAGACAUGUAGACUUUGGUAACCUCAGUCUUUCUCUGAACGUGCUCCUGUGACUGACCAGUAUGUCGUGGAGUGGGUGGGA